AUGCAAGCCUUGGUCUAUUUCUUACUCCCGGACAAGUCCAAGGCUACCUACAACCGAGUCUUCGCCAUGCUCAAAGAGUAUGCCCUCUCUGUGGGGAAAGUUUUCCAACCCACAACGGUGCAAUUGGACUUCGAAGUGGCUUGCCUCAACGCCAUCCAAGAGAGUUUCCCCGGAGCAGGAGUGAAAGGCUGUGACUUUCACUUCUGUCAGGCUUUGUGGAGGAAAGCACAGGAGCUCGGUUUACAGCCUUACUAUGGGGAUCGAGCUGUGAACAGAUUCCUCAAAUGCGUGGCAGCCUCAGUUUGGUGCUCUGAGGAGAUCGAUGAAGCUUGGCUGCAGAUAGACGGCGACUCUCCGAGUGCAGACCAUCCAGCCUUCCAAGCUCUCGAUCGCUUCAAAACGAACUUCGGAGCGCGUACAACAAACCAUAUCGAGGAUUGGCAUCACGCCCUCAAUGGUCGCGUCGGGAAACGACACGUUAACCUCUUCGAGAUCGUGUCGCACCUUCAGAAAGAAGAGCACGGCAAUAAAGCUCAACGCUUGCUACUCGAUAUGGGCAGAGCUCCGAAGCCUGUUCGGAAGAAGUAUCGAGUUCUGAACGAACGACUGAUCCGUCUGACGGAUCAAUAUGAAGCCCAGGAGCUCUCUUUGAUACAAUAUGCGAGCCGGGUCGCUCACAACUUAUAUACCGAUUAA